AUGAAAUUUUCAAUAAUCAUUAUCUUGUCAUUUAUUAUACCUUUUGUAUUAUCAGAGGAUGUAACUAAAUCAUCAUAUUAUUCCGAUCAAAAACAAACUAAGGGUUGGUUCAAACCGUUUGUUCCCACCUACUCUGCUCCACCUGAAGUAAAUGAUGUCAGUGUCCCAACAGGAACGCCUAUAAUUCCAGGACUCUUACCAGGAAUGACUGAAAUUCCCGCCGUACCUGGGCAAGAUAUGGCUGCUGCAAAUGCUGCAAUUUUUGAACUUUAUAAGAGAAAUCCUUUUGAAAAAGUGAUUGGUGCUUUGAUAGAGACAAAUUUUAAAAGUACAAUCGGUGUCCUAUUAGAUGAUUUCUCUGAAAAUUUUGGGAUGCGCAAAAAUGUGGCAGAUUAUUAUUUGAAACAAAAUAACGAUUUUUGGAUUACAAAAGCGCAUAUGCAAACAAUUCUUACAGAAUAUCGUCAAGUUUAUCGCUCAUACUUUCAUAUUGGUAAGAAACAACUUACACUACCUCCAGAAGAAGUUUGGGAAUUCAAUCUUGGUAAAGCGCGUAGGACAAAAAUUGGUAACCAUGAUUACAUUGCGGUGGAUGUUGAUUUUUAUUCUGUUCUUGUUACCGAUGCCAAAAUUAUCAACCGAUCUGAACCAGCUUUGAAUGAAAUUGGUGGAAAAUGGUCAGGUGAUUAUAAUCUUCAUUCAUAUGAUGAAUUUUAUAAAGAAUUUGAUCAUUGGAUAUUACCUGUGGAUCCUGAAUUUCUCCUACAAAGAACUGGCUACGCAUGCAUUGAUGAAAAUUCGUAUCCUAAACAUACCGUUGAAAGUGAGAAUGUUUUUGCCUAUUAUGAUGAUACUUUAUACGACCCGAACGAAAUUCGUUGUCACUAUAGUGAAUAUCCUUCAAUAUCAUGUAUUGAUGCAUUGGACCAAAACGUUGGUUCCGUGAAUGUUACGAUAACGUGGCAUAGAAUUCCUUUUACUGAAGAAAAAGCAAAAAAAUAUCGUUUUGGAAAUCACACUUCUAUAUUACCUGAUUUGGUCGGAGUUCGUAAAAAUUUAUUAGAACAAACUCGUGUAGCUUAUAGAUAUUAUGGACAAAAUAGUUGUGUAAUGCAUGAGGGUCGUGGUAAAUGUAUUGGAGCACCUGGAUGGAGACGGCUUUUACGGUUUACUUCAUCCGCAAUAAAUUCGGGUAAAACUGAUCUUCAUCUGGGAAAUGCGACUGAUCCAGAUUACUUGUAUCAUGGUGUAUUUGAAUGGGAUAAUUGCCACAAACAUUUUCAUUUCCAACAUUACGGCAAUUUUCAAUUCGGUGACACACAUGGGAAAAAAGUGGGAUUUUGUCUGCAAACUACAUGGCGUUACUUCAAUACUGAAUACACAUAUUUAAAUACUCCGUAUGAUACUUGCGUUUAUCAAGGGAUCAGUGUUGGUUGGGGAGAUGAUUAUAUAUCAGGAUUGGGAUGUCAAUGGAUUGAUAUUACUGGAUUACCUGCUCAAACAGCUAUUUUAAGUGAUACGUUAAAUCCAGACGGUUUCCUCUGUGAGGGAAGUUUGAUUCUAAACAGUAGCAAUAAUAUUCAAUGGGUACUGACAAAUUACACUACCUCAUACGGAUAUCCUGUUUCUCGAGUACGAUGUAAUUAUACAAAAGGUUGGGAUUCCAAUAAUUACGAAGCCAUGCAAUAUAUUCUACAUAACCAAUUAUCUUUCGUAACGGAGCCUUGUACUCGUGGCCAAUCUGGUCCCUUGCGUGACUGUGGAUUUCAGGUUCAGAAUGAUACAAUUGAAUGUACUCCAGGUGAAAAUGUCACCUUAGGUUUUUACAUUCAAGAAAGAGUACAAACUCCUUCAGUUACAGUACGCAUUUGUGAGUCUUCUCGGGUGUUAGGUAGUUCCACACAUUGCGAAUAUGUAUAUGGUUUAGCGAUUACAGUUGUUGAAAUCUCCUCAACUAAAUCCAAUCCUGCAAAAGUUACUUUCCAAUGUCCAGUAGCUCGUGAUGAUGUCGAAACUGGUGGUCUUUACUCUAUCUUGGUUGCUCCUACAUUUAUCAAAGAUUAUCCUACUUAUGUGUAA